GUGUUUUGCAGCGAAAUCUUCCAUAAAGUGAAUGAAUGGUUGAGCGAUAAUCCCAAAUGGGAAGUGAAAACAGCCGAGACAUUGAUUUAUGACUCGACCACCGGUUUUGGCCAAAAGUUGCCGUUUUUCGCCGGAAAAUUAGUGAAACGCAAUCUACGAGGAGUCAGAUAUCCCUUUCCUUUCCGGACGUGUGUAUCCAUCAGAUUAUGGCUAAUACCGCGAUUACAUCAGCGAAGUACACCGCAAAAGAUCGGUUGCAUUAAUGUUGUGCCGAGACUUAAGAUCACAAACAAUAACACAAAUGGUGUCAUAUAUAGCCCCGAAAUAUUUAUCAACGAUAGCGCUGGAAGUGGUGGCACCGAUGGCACUGAUGGUGAGGUCGCCGAUAAGGGCCCUCCAUCUCCAUCUCCCUCGCCCUCCACUCCGACAAACACGAGUAGCACUCAGUCAUCAUUCCUAUCGUCAAAACCAAUAUACGAGACGUUGGAUGAGAUGCUGGUGCGGGUGAAUGAGUUAUUUGCCAAAAAGCCCAUCAAUGGCCGAGUAUUAAGUGUGGAAACGGUGCCCAUACCUGUCGAGUGUAACAACUGGUCGGUGGACACGGAGCAGUCCUACUGGUCCGAUGAGCACCAGAAAAAUAAUAACACGGUCUUCAUAUUGCGGAUAUAUUUUGAAUACGGAAAUACGACCAGGGAACAGUUGGAAAUUAUCGAUUUCAUACCCAGAGUCCAGAUAUGGGACGCGCCGUUAGCUGUGCCCAUAUACGAGUCCUUUUCC